AUGGACGCACCGUCGUUUGAGAAGCUCAAGGAGACCUUGUGGGAUUUCAUGAAGACUGAAAUCUACCCCAACGAGAUGACGUUCUUCAAGGAGCUUGAGGUGAUCCGGCAGAAGGGCCCUGCCCAUUGGCGCCAGCCGCCCAUCGUUCAGAAGCUCAAGGAGAAGGCGAAAGCACGCGGCCUCUUCAAUCUAUUCCUCCCCGUGGACUCGGCGAAGCUCGCUGGGUACCAAGGCGGUGGCCUCACAAAUCUGCAGUACGGAGACUGCUGCGAAAUCAUGGGUACCUCGAACCAUGCCGAGUUCGCGGCCGAGUGCUGCAACUGCUCCAGCCCUGACACGGGGAACAUGGAAGUCCUCGCUCGGUUCUGCACCGAGGAACAGAAGAAGAGGUGGCUGGAACCUCUGCUCGAUGGGGCGAUCAGAUCGGCCUAUGCAAUGACGGAGCCAGGGGUGGCCAGCAGCGACGCCACAAACAUCGAAGACCAGCAUUACCCGUGA